CUUCGUUUUAGAGUUGUUCUGACUCUUCUGAAAAGCGUCGGAAGAAUAUAUUAAUUCGCAUAAGUCUGGCUUUGCUAUUAUUCAAAAGCACAUAACGUCUUGUAUUCGGCAUAUACUACUUUAAUCUUCAAGAAUUCCAAAAGCAUGUUCCAAGGACGGAUGAAUUCGUCAUGGACAUUAGCAAAGAGAUUCUCACAGAAAGGUUUCUACUUGAUGGCAGUAUGCAUACUUGAAGUCAAACUUAUUUGCGAUUCAAAUGCUUGCCGUGUCGUUGAGUUCAUGAAAUGUGUCGGCAACAAGUCCUUAACAGCUCACCAUGUUCUAAGGUCAAUGAGUACAGACCCGGAUCCGGAUCUGUGUGAGAUCCAGUGUUUCGCUGAGCAAUCUUGUUUCACCUACAAUCUCGGACCGGUGGAUGCAACAGGUCACAGAAAGUGCGAGCUGAACUUUGCCGAUCUCUUAACCAACGGCGCUAACUUGGAAAAUAGACCUGGCUUCAGCUACUGUUCAGUCAAGAAUCCUUGCGGGUCCAGUCUGUGCCCUGAAGGUCGUGAAUGUUACCCAUUGAUGGACAACUUCGUUGGAGAAUACGUCUGCAUGGAAGCUUGUAGCACAGGAAAGCCACUUGGUCUUGAGAAUCGAGAUAUUCCCGACUCCGCGAUGACUGCAUCCUCCUCCUAUCAACAUUCUGUGAGUCACGAGCCCAGCAAUGGAAGACUUCACUACAACAAAUACUCACAGGCCUGGUGCGCAGGUGGAUAUCGGACGAGAGGUGCUGCUAACCAAGGUCGCGAUUCAAGGCAGGGGAAAUUACGCCCAGUGGGUCACAUCGUACGAGUUGAGCCACAGUCGGGAUGGUCAAGCUUGGACUCCUUACUACGAUGAACAGGGGCAUGCAAAGAUCUUAGCUGGCAACUUAGACCAGACACAAGUGGUGUCUCAUCCGCUUCGCUACCGCCCAAGAGUACGCUACGUCCGCAUCAUCGCUAAGACCUGGCAUAACGCCAUCUCCCUGCGAGCUGAGCUGUAUGGAUGCGACCUAUAAGAUUCUGUCUCUGU